GAGGGCCAGAUUCUGGAGAGUUCGGACUUCUUGAGGUAAACUUUAGCGUGCAUUAAGUGAUGCUCUGAAUCAUUAAUGAGUGUCCCUAGGAAAAGCUAUGAAAAUGGUCUUUUAAAAAAUUUAUUGGCGUAUAGUUGAUUUACAGUGUUAAUGAGUUCGUUUCAGGUGUAGAGCAGAGUGAUUCAGUUACGCAUAUAGUCGUUCUUUUUCAGAUUCUCAUAUAGGUUAUCACAGAGUAUUGAGUAGAGGCCCCUGUGCUGUACAGUAGGCCCUUGUUUGUUAUCCGUCUCAGAUAGUACUGUGUGUGUGUUCAUCCCAAGCUCCUGAUUUACAACCCCCCCCACGCUCCCCCGUUUCCUCUUUGGUAACCAUGAGUUUGUUUUCAAUAUCUGGAAGUCUGUUUCUGUUUUGUAAAUAAGUUCAUUUGUAUCAUUUUAAAAAAAAAUUAGAUUCCACAUAUGAGUGAUAUCAUAUGAUAUGUCUUUCUCUGUUUGACUUCACGUAGUAUGAUAAUCUCUAGGUCCAUCCAUGUUGCUGCAAAUGGCAUUAUUUCUUUUUUUUAUGGCUGAGUAAUAUUCCAUUGUAUAUGUGUACCACAUGUCUUCAUCCAUUCCUCUGUUGAUGGACAUUUAGGUUGCUUCCAUGUCUUGGCUGUUGAAAAUGGUCUUAAGGUUGAUUAGGCUGGCAGAAUUAGGCUCUUUGGAUGGGAGAUCCUGUGGGGAUGGUAGAAAGGAAGAACUGGAAAAAACAGUGUACCACUGGAUGUUUUCCUUAUAGGAGACUUUUGGGAAAUUUAAAUAUGAGUUACUCUGUUCAAGCAUAGACAGGCAAGGUGACUGAAGUAGGAAAAAAAAAAAAAAAGAAAAAGCCAAUUAGUAUAGUUAAUAAUUUUGUAAGGUAUUAUUCAUCUGGGAAGUAAACUAUUAUUACUGUAAAUGAAGUUUAAUCACAGUUUAUUAUGAAUACUUAAGCAGUGGGAGAAAUAGUAUAAAUGUAUUACAAGAGACCAUAAAGGAAUUAUAUUAAGAAAACAUUGCCAAAUACCAGAACAUUACUAAAUAUUAGAACUGGAACAUAUAUGCAGAAAACACAAGAUACUGUUGAAUCUAUUCUCAGGCCAGAGGGAGAAGUUCGAGUUGGGGAAUAGGAAUUGACUUGUGAUUAGACAAGAAAAGAAACGAGGAGAACUGGGCUAGAGAGAGCCGUGCGAGGCAGGCUUCAGCUGCCCCUAGAAGCCAGUAGUCGUGAACCAUGGGCCGCGUGGUCCAGCUGCUCCUGGGGACCAGACCGUCAAGUGUCGCCGAUGAACAAGGCUAGGCAUGAACCUCUGGAAGCCAGGGCUGCUUAGGUCGGCUGAGUCAUCUCUUCACCCUCACUCUCACUGUCCCUUCCCCCACUAUAGUUACUCUAAAAAGUCUAAGUAAGCCAACCUUUUUUCUAGCCUGACCACCUUUAGUUGUGAAACUGGUAUCAAAAAUGGUUAAACAGGGCUUCCCUGGUGGCGCAGUGGUUGCGCGUCCGCCUGCCGAUGCAGGGGAACCGGGUUCGCGCCCCGGUCUGGGAGGAUCCCGCAUGCCGCGGAGCGGCUGGGCCCGUGAGCCAUGGCCGCUGAGCCUGCGCGUCCGGAGCCUGUGCUCCGCAACGGGAGAGGCCACAGCAGAGGGAGGCCCGCAUACCACAAAAAAAAAAAAAAAAAAAAAAAUGGUUAAACAAUCAUUCCCGUGCGACGCUAAGAAAUAAAUAAUAGAGCUCUUAAGCCUGCUAUUUUAAAAUACAACAAAUAUUUUUCUUUGGGUCUUGGAAACGGUUACAAAAGUAGUUAUGGUCCCUGUGUGAAAAGGGGUUUUCAUGUGUAAUUAUAUGUAUAUAAAAAAAGACAGCACUGUUUCCCCACCAGCAUUUCUGAAAUGGUGAUAUGUUCUCCCAGGGGGUGGGGAUGAGGAAUAUGAUAGUCCCAAACCAGAAUGCCAGAUGCCUUCCUGUUCUCCAUUUCCUUUGCUUUUAAUAUUCAACCCUGCUGCUUGAAUAGUCUAAGCCCCAGUUGUCUUUCAGCCCAGCUGUUAAAAUUUUAAAACUGGGCAGAGAACAAGGGGGCAUAACAUAUUUGAGCUUCUCUUUUUCUGUUGACAUGCGUGGUUUCCUCAGUCUAGUAAGUGUUAAUUAAACUGGUUUUCCAUUGUGACUAUGACUUUCAUAUAUGAUAUACUCCCAUGGUCAUACCAAUAUUUUUACAAAACCAGAAAAAAUUUUCCCGAUGUCAUUGUAACUGUGUGAACAUCCACAUGGUUAUUUCUAGUCAGUUAUUUGCUAGAUACUAGAGUCAUAAUUCACCUCUGAUCACAUUAUGUGUUUAUUUUCUUCGUUAAGUAAUUGGUGGGCUUUAUUAAAAGUUAGUUUCUUAGAAGAAAGUUUCUCAGUUAGGUUGUCUAAAUGGAGGGGAUUUUUAUCUGUGUUUGAAGCAGAUUAAAUAAACUAAUACUCAGAAUCUAUCUAGCAGUAAGGAGCCCUGUCACAUAUAUUGAAAAAUUAACACAGUUGUAUUAAAAAUUGCCCCAUCUCUUCAAUCCAGAGAAAUUGUAUUCCUUUCCUAGGCAUAUCUGUUAUGAAAUUUAUGUUGAUAGCUUUGGAGUUUUAUUUCUGUUUCUUGGUUUAUAAUUUAUAAUAUCCAUGUGGAUUAAGUGUAAUUCUGAGAGUAUAAUCUUAAGUCUGUUAUGGUUGAAGUCAAAUUUGAAAUCUAUGGAUAAUAUGCCUUUUUUUCUAACAAUGCAUGAGGAUAUUCCUACCCUCUCUUAAUCUUUUUGGGUGAUUCUGUUUUUCUUUCCAGGGAAUAUUUCAUUUGCCAGUGAGUUUAUGUUGCAAAGUUUUCUGCUAAAAUUCAAGAGCAUAUUUAUCAAUGCAAGUACUAGAUAGGCAUUGACAAAGGUAAUUAGGGAUUUUACCUUCAAAUGCUUUAAUGUAUGAUAUUACGUCACUUAAAACCUAAUAUAUCUGUUUUCUACAUACAUAAAUUACAACAUAGAUGAUAUUAGUGAAGAAGGAAACUAUUAGUUAUUUCUAUUUCUGUGUAAAACCCAGGCCAAAACUUGCUGGCUUUAAAAACAACAAAUUAAUUUUUUCUUAGAGUUCUGUGGGUUGCCUGGGCAGUUUGCUGGAUCUCUCACCUGAACUCACUCAGGCUUACUCAAGCAUUGAAUUCAGAUGAUGGCUGGAUGAUCCAAAAUGGCUUGAGUCACGUAUCUGUAGUAAUUGACAGAUCCUACCUGGGAUAGGAUUUAGUCUCCCCAUACUUCUGAACCAAUGGAGAGAAAAUGGGAAGCAAAACUGAAGCAAAUUGAAGAACGAGCAUCCCAUUAUGAGAGGGAACCAUUGUCCUUGGUGUACAAACCAAGAUUGUCUAAGCCAGAAGAACCACCAUCCAUUUGGAAACUAUUUCAUCGGCAAACUGAAGCUUUUAAUUUUGUUAAAAGUUGUAAAGAGGACGUUCAUAUAUUUGCUUUGGAAUACAAAGUGGGCGAUGGACAACGUAUUUACCUCGUAACAACGUAUGUUCAACUUUGGUUUUACUAUAAAUCCCGAAGAAAUCUCUUGCACUGCUAUGAAGUCAUUCCUGAAAAUGCUGUGUGCAAGCUUUAUUUCGAUUUGGAAUUUAACAGACUUGCCAAUCCAGGAGCUGAUGGGAAAAAGAUGGUUGCAUUACUCAUUGAGCAUGUUUGUAAAGCACUUCAGCAGUUUUACAGGGUUAGUUGUUCAGCUGAAGAUGUUCUCAACUUGGAUUCUAGCACCAAUGAAAAAUUUAGCCGCCAUUUAAUAUUUCAACUCCAUGAUGUGGCAUUUAAAGAUAAUAUUCAUGUUGGUAAUUUUGUGAGAAAAAUUUUAGAGCCUGCUUUUCACUUAAUUGCUAGUGAAGAUGACGAUAUGACUCCAGAGACAAUGGGCCAUGAAUUUUCCCAUUUUUCUGAAACACCAAUUAAACAAGGAAUUUCCUUUAGCAAAAAGUCCACAGAUAAGGAUAUAGGAGAGAGCUGGACAACGAAUUCAAAGAAACUGGAGAGGCUGGGGUCAGCUAAGCAAAGCAGUCCUGAUCUUUCAUUUUUAAUUGUGAAGAAUAACAUAGGAGAAAAGCAUCUUUUUGUAGAUCUAGGAGUUUAUACAAGAAAUAGAAACUUUCGACUGUAUAAAUCAUCAAAAAUAGGAAAGUAUGUGCCUUUGGAGGUUGCUGAAGAUAACAAAUUUUAUCCUGUACAAUUGAAGACUAUUUCCAAAGAAAAUCAAUAUUUCCUCUCUGCUUUGGUCAGCAAUGUCAGAUUCUCAGAUACUUUACGAAUUCUGACAUGUGACAUAUCUCAAAAUAAACAAAAACGAGUUGAGUAUUUUAACCAUACCAGUACUUCAGAAGGAAGGCCGACUACAGGGAGACUAAAGCCACAAUUGGUAAAGAAGGAGCAGCUACUUACAAUUAGACAAGAUAGGUGGGCGUUUGUAGAAACCAUUGAAGGUUUUCAGUGUUCACCUUACCCUGAAAUUGAUCAAUUUGUUCUCUUGUUGGUGAAUAAAAAUGGCAUUAAAGGAGGAAUUCGGCGUUGGAGCUACUUUUUCCCAGAAGAAUUAUUGGUUUAUGAUAUUUGUAAAUACCGCUGGUGUGAAAACAUUGGAAGAGCCCACAAGAGUAAUAAUAUCAUGAUCUUGGUUGACCUGAAAAAUGAAGUUUGGUAUCAAAAAUGUCAUGACCCUAUAUGUAAAGCAGAAAACUUCAAAUCUGACUGUUUCCCAUUACCUGCUGAAGUACGUCUUCUGUUUCUUCUCAAAGAGGAAGAGGAGUUUACAGCAGAUGAAACAAGGAACCCUCAUGAACCAUCAUCUAGUGCAUCGUCAAAAGGUACACUUUCUGAUGCUGACUGGGAUAAUGGCAUUGAUGAUGCUUAUAUUUUGGAGGCUACAGAAGAUGCUGAAUUGGCAGAAGCUGCAGAGGACAGUCUUCUCAGUUAUAAUGGAAUUGAUGAAAUUCCUGAUGAACUAAUUAUAGAAGUAUUAGAAGAGUACUAGGCUGUAAU